AUGGAUCAAAGACACACGCAAUCGCCGGCCACCAGAGAUCUGCCACAUUCGUUCAAAGAACUGGCCACCAACUGGCUCGUCCGGUCGAAAAAAGAGGUCACGUGGGGUCGCCAGCUGCAAGAAGAGUCGAGCGUGGAAACAGCUCACAGCACGUCGAGCGCGUCGCUGGAGCUCCACAACGGCGACGGCAUUGACGACGACUCCAACGGCUUUCGCAAGGGCAAAUUGGCUUCUCGAGAGGACCAGCAUGUGGCCCGCAAACGCAAGUAUCAGAAGGACGACAAACGCAACAACUACUGGGCCAUCGUGACCACGGGCGCGGGUCUCUUCUCCGACGGCUACGUCAACAACUCCAUCAGUACCGUCAAUGUGUGUCUGUCCAUGAUUUACAAGGACCAGUACAAGAACUCCCACGCUUUGCAGAAUGUGUCGUCCAUCGCAUUUGUCGGCACCGUCGUUGGCCAAUUGGUAUUCGGCUAUGUUUCGGAUUUCCAUUCGCGUAAAAUGGCCAUGUUGGUCGGAACCGCGAUCCUGAUCGUUUUCUCCAUUCUUGGGGCCGGCGCCUGGGGCGUUGGCACCACCGGCACAAAUGCCGGUGGUCUUUUCGCUGCCCUAACUGCCUACCGGUUUUUCCUGGGUAUUGGUAUUGGCUCGGAAUAUCCAGCGGGCUCUACGGCUGCCGCAGAGGCUUCAAAUUCUUUACCAGCUGGUAAAAGAAACAGAUGGUUUUGCUGGUUCACCAAUUUCAUGAUCGAUGCAGGUUUCGUGGUCAGCUCCGUGGUUCCUCUAAUUUUACUCAAGAUUUGCGGCGAAAAACACUUGACUCCCGUUUGGAGAAUCACCCUCGGACUCGGCGCAAUUCCUCCCUUGUCCUUGUUCGCAUUACGUUUUCGUUACAAAGAAGGAAAACAGUACCAAAACACUAGAUUUGAAAGAUCAAUGCCUUACUGGAAAGUCUUCAAGUUCUAUUGGUUUAGACUCCUGGUCGUUUCCGUAAUUUGGUUUCAAUACGAUUUCAUCACUUACUCCUUCUCGAGUCUUUCCAGUCUUAUUCUUGACGGCAUUUUGGGUGACGAUGCCACUUUGACAAAAACUUUUGGUUGGAACAUCGUAUUCAACUUGUUUUAUAUCCCAGGUGCAUUUUUGGGUGCUAUUUUUGCGGAUUAUUGGGGCUCCCGUGUAACACUUGUGGUAGGGGUGUUAUUGCAAGCUGCUAUUGCAUUUAUCAUUGCUGGAUGUUUCGAUCGUCUAAAGGCCCACAUUGCUGCUUUCACUGUUGUAUUUGGUAUCUUUAGUACUCUGGGAGAAUUUAGCGUUGGGGAUAAUAUUGGUUGCUUGGCGUCCAAGACUAGCGCCACCCCUUUAAGAGGCCAAUAUUAUGGAAUUGCCGCUGCUAUUGGUAAAAUCGGCGCCUUCGUAGGUUCUUACGUUUUCCCUGCCAUUAUUAAGAAAUAUGGUGGCUACAGCGACUUGAGAGUGCCUUUUUGGGUUUCUGGGGCCAUCUGCCUCAAUAGUGGAUUCAUUGCUCUAUUUUUCCUACCAGCAGUUGACCAAGAAGCCAAUCUCCUAGAAGAUGAGAUGUUUAUCGAGUAUCUUGAGAGCACGGGCUAUAACGUCGCUCGUUUGGGUUCUGAAGUGAACGAAACCGACUACGAAAAGGUUUCUAUAACAGAGCUUGCCAAGGACCCAGAAAUGACUUGA